AAGCCCGAGCGUCUAGCUCGCUGCGGGAAGCUGGGAUCCUCGCUGCGCUUGAGCCCGGACACAAUGAGGGGGAAGAGCCCGGCCGCGCCUGUGGAGACGGCCGAUUCAUUCUUUGGAGAAACGGAGUCGUCAGUCACUGCUGAGUUAGUGCCUACCUCAUCAUGGAACAUUUCAAGUGAGCUCGACAAAGAUUCCUACCUGACCCUGGAAGAGCCAAUGAAUAACAUCACCACGUCCCUGGGCCAGACCGCAGAACUGCACUGCAAAGUCUCUGGGAAUCCACCUCCCACCAUCCGCUGGUUCAAAAAUGACGCGCCUGUGGUCCAGGAGCCCCGGAGAAUUUCCUUUCGGGCCACCAACUACGGCUCUCGGCUGCGGAUCAGAAACCUUGACACCACGGACACGGGCUACUUCCAGUGCGUGGCAACCAAUGGCAAGAAGGUGGUUUCUACCACGGGAGUCUUGUUUGUCAAGUUUGGCCCUCCUCCCACUGCAAGUCCAGGAUACUCAGAUGAGUACGAAGAAGAUGGAUUCUGCCAGCCUUACAGAGGGAUUGCGUGUGCGAGGUUUAUCGGCAACCGCACAAUCUAUAUGGAGUCUUUGCACAUGCAAGGGGAAAUAGAAAACCAGAUCACAGCUGCCUUCACGAUGAUCGGCACCUCCAGCCACUUAUCUGAUAAGUGCUCUCAGUUCGCCAUUCCUUCCUUGUGCCACUACGCCUUCCCUUACUGUGAUGAAACCUCAGCUGUCCCAAAGCCCCGCGACCUGUGUCGCGAUGAAUGUGAAAUCCUGGAAAACGUCCUGUGUCAAACAGAGUACAUUUUUGCAAGGUCGAAUCCCAUGAUUCUGAUGAGGCUCAAGCUGCCCAACUGUGAAGACCUCCCCCAGCCGGAGAGCCCCGAAGCUGCACACUGUAUCCGGAUCGGAAUCCCCAUGGCCGAUCCUAUAAAUAAAAAUCACAAGUGCUACAACAGCACUGGUGUGGACUACCGGGGGACUGUCAGCGUGACCAAAUCAGGGCGCCAGUGCCAGCCGUGGAAUUCCCAGUACCCCCACACGCACACCUUCACCGCCCUCCGUUUCCCGGAGCUGAAUGGGGGCCAUUCCUACUGCCGCAACCCAGGCAAUCAGAAGGAAGCUCCCUGGUGCUUUACCUUGGAUGAAAACUUUAAGUCUGACCUGUGUGACAUUCCUGCAUGUGAUUCAAAAGAUUCCAAGGAGAAGAACAAGAUGGAAAUCCUGUACAUCCUGGUGCCGAGCGUCGCCAUCCCCCUGGCCAUCGCCUUGCUCUUCUUCUUCAUCUGCGUCUGCCGCAACAACCAGAAGUCGUCAUCGCCACCCGUCCCGCGGCAACCAAAGCACGUCAGAGGCCAGAAUGUAGAGAUGUCCAUGCUGAACGCCUACAAACCCAAGAGCAAAGCCAAAGAGUUGCCUCUCUCUGCCGUACGUUUCAUGGAAGAACUCGGUGAAUGUGCCCUUGGGAAGAUCUAUAAAGGUCAUCUCUACCUCCCGGGCAUGGACCAUGCCCAGCUGGUGGCCAUCAAGACCCUGAAAGACUACAACAACCCCCAGCAAUGGACGGAGUUUCAGCAGGAAGCCUCCCUGAUGGCCGAACUGCACCACCCCAACAUCGUCUGCCUUCUCGGGGCCGUCACCCAGGAGCAGCCUGUGUGUAUGCUCUUCGAGUACUUGAAUCAGGGGGAUCUCCACGAGUUUCUCAUCAUGCGGUCCCCACACUCCGACGUGGGCUGCAGCAGCGACGAAGACGGGACUGUGAAAUCCAGCCUGGAUCAUGGAGAUUUUCUGCACAUUGCCAUCCAGAUCGCCGCCGGCAUGGAGUACCUGUCGAGUCACUUCUUUGUCCACAAGGACCUUGCGGCUCGCAAUAUUUUGAUCGGAGAACAACUCCAUAUAAAGAUUUCAGACCUCGGGCUUUCCAGAGAAAUCUACUCCGCGGAUUACUACAGGGUGCAGAGCAAGUCUUUGCUGCCCAUUCGCUGGAUGCCCCCUGAGGCCAUCAUGUAUGGCAAAUUCUCCUCGGAUUCGGAUAUCUGGUCCUUUGGGGUCGUCUUGUGGGAGAUCUUCAGUUUCGGACUCCAGCCCUAUUAUGGGUUUAGUAACCAGGAGGUGAUCGAGAUGGUGAGGAAACGACAGCUCUUGCCUUGCUCGGAAGACUGCCCACCCAGGAUGUACAGCCUCAUGACGGAGUGCUGGAGUGAGAUUCCUUCCAGGAGGCCGAGAUUCAAAGACAUCCACGUGCGGCUCCGGUCCUGGGAGGGGCUCUCCAGUCACACCAGCUCUACCACCCCUUCGGGGGGAAACGCCACCACGCAGACGACCUCCCUCAGCGCCAGCCCAGUGAGUAAUCUCAGCAACCCCAGGUAUCCCAAUUACAUGUUCCCAGGCCAGGGGAUCACACCACAGGGCCAGCUUGCUGGUUUCAUCGGCCCGCCCCUACCUCAGAACCAGCGAUUCAUUCCCAUCAAUGGAUACCCCAUACCUCCCGGAUAUGCGGCCUUUCCAGCCGCCCACUACCAGCCCGCCGGGCCUCCCAGAGUGAUUCAGCACUGUCCACCCCCCAAGAGUCGGUCCCCAAGCAGUGCCAGUGGGUCGACCAGCACCGGUCACGUGACCAGCCUGCCCUCGUCGGGAUCCAACCAGGAAGCCAAUAUCCCUCUUCUGCCCCACAUGUCCAUUCCAAAUCAUCCCAGUGGCAUGGGGAUCACUGUCUUUGGCAACAAAUCUCAAAAACCCUACAAAAUAGACUCGAAGCAACCGUCUUUGCUAGGAGACUCCAAUAUUCAUGGACACACCGAAUCUAUGAUCUCUGCAGACCUGUAAAAUGCACAACUUUUGUAAACGUGGUAUACAGGACAAACUAGAAAGCCGUAGACGAAAUUUCUAUUCAAAUGUUUUUAUUAAAGUAAGGUUCUCACUUAGCAGACGUUGCAACGAGUAUCUUCUGUGAAGUUUAACUGCGUCUUACCAAGCAGGACAGACACUAGCCAGA